AUAUUGUGUAACCUUGCAAUUGGUUGAAUUACUAACUGAAUAAAAUCAAACAUCAACAACAAAUAAUAUAAAAUAUUGGUCAUUAAUGACUAUAGGAGAAGAAGAAAUUAUCUAACCUAAACCAUAGUUUAUUGUCGGCGUCAAAGUAAAUUUUAAAAAUACACGCCGUAAAACUCGAUAAUAUGACGAACCAAGAUCCGAUUUUAAGUGUACAGAAUUCAAAAAAGGGUGGUCGUCACCGCAAAAAACAGUUAUAUAAUUCUAUUUUACUUCAAAUGGAAUUUUAUUUUUCUACAUCAAAUCUUUCAAAAGAUAGAUAUUUAUCUCAGUUAAUAGCAGAGGAUCCAUAUGUAAACUUAGAAGUGUUUCUAACUUUUAAUAAAGUUAAAAAAUUGACUGACAACAUCGAAGAUAUUCAAAAGGCUUUGAGCAAAUCUGAUUUAAUUGAACUUUCUGAAGAUAAAACAAAAGUUCGCCGAAAAUUCCCAUUAAAGGUCAAAGAUAAUAUUGAUGACUGUACAAUUUAUGUUCAGAACAUUAAAUCAGAAUCUGACCACGAAGGGUUAACGUCAAUCUUUUCAGAAUUUGGAAAUGUUGUCUAUGUCUCAAUACCCAAAUAUAAAUUGAGUAAAGCCAAUAAGGGAUUUGCAUUUGUUGAAUUUGAAACAGAUAGUGAAGCUGAAAGUGCUGUAAAUUAUUUUGAAAGUAUAGGAUGUAAAAUACCUGCAGAUACAAAUCCAGAAGACUUAAAAAGUAUUGCAACAUUUGAGGGGCCAGAUACAGAGCCAAAGGAAGAUCAUAGUGAAACAGUGGUAAAUGAGAAUGAGGAUACUAGCAAAAAGCGUAAACUAUGUGAAGAUAAUAAUUUGCCACAAAAGAAGCUGAAAAAGGAUGACAAUAGUGAGGAAGAAUCAAGUACUGAUACUGAUGAGAACAAAAUAAAGAAAAAACUUAAAAAGGAACAAAAGAAAAAGACAUUUUAUAAAGAGUUGGGUUUCCAGGUUUUAUCGAAGAAAGAGUGGAAAAAAAUACGAAAUAGAUAUCUUGAUCUCCAGAGAAAGAAAAUGAAAGAGUUCAAGCAAUACCUAUAUCGAAAUAGAUAUUCACAAAAAUCGGAUAAUAGUAUGAAAAAACAGGAUAAUUUAGAAACGGAGAUGAACGAAAGUCCCGUCGCAAAAUUAGAAUUCCAGCCUGGCCUCAUUGCAAAAUUAAAAUUGUCUGAGCCAUGUGAAGAUGCUAAAAAAUUAAAGAGUGAUAUCAAGUCAUACUCUGAUGACAUAAAAUACGUAGAUAUUCCAGUAAAUUUACAACAAGAAGUGUUUAUUAGAUUUGGAGAUGGACAAAGUGCUAAACAAUUUUGUGAAUCUAUUAAAUUAGGUGAAGCUACAAUUUUGUGUGAUGAAGAAGAAAAUCAGUAUUGGGAAAAAAUACAUAGUGAUAGAGACAUCAAAUUUUCAAAAAGUGCUAAAAAGCAAAGGGGUAGAGAUAGACUACUACAAAAAGCUGCCAAAGAGGCAGCACAUAUAAGAUUCGAAGAUACUGAAUAAUUGAAAACUGAAUAAAACCCAUUAUGUUGUGA